AUGGGGCAGCAGAAAUGUACCAGCCUUUACAUAUUAUUCUGCAUCACAUUAAUUCUGUCCCUGUGGCAUAGAAGCUCAGCAUGCCGCAAAGGAACAAAGACGGAAUGUGAGAAAGCCCCCUUCGUGCCAGGCUACAACCUGGCAGGAGAGGGCUUUGAUGUGGUCAGGAUGCGGCGCAAGGGUGCCUAUUUGAUAGACAUCAAAUCCCACAUGGCCGAUAAUAACACCUGCACUGUAUGUGAGAACCGCUUCCAAGGUGGACAGUUGCAGAAGCUGCCUUCAGCCAUCUUGGACUGGAGGUCCCUCAGCCGCUGCAGCAAACAGCUGUCGAGUGCACUUCACCAUUCCAUCGACUCACUGAUCAAGAGCUCCACAUCACUCAUCAACAAUAACUGGAGCAUGGACCUUAGACUAGAUGACUAUGGUAAGGCCAAUUUAGGAGGAAGCAACUCAGAUAUAGCCAAGUUUGCUCAAUCACAACACAUGAUGGACAAGGCAACCUUUGCUCUCCAUGAGAUCAGCUGCACAUAUUACAGCUACAGGGUAAAGGAUCAUCCACAGCUUAGUGCUGAAUUCACUAAACAUUUAGAUCAACUACCUAAACACUUCACUGAGGAAACUAAACCCCUGUUCCGGAGAACUAUCGAUACCUAUGGCACCCACUACAUUCGCCAUGUCCAUUUGGGAGGACGCCUGAGACAAGUCAGUGCUUUUCGGACCUGCCUCGCAACCCUCAAGGGCAUCAUGGAAUCUGAUGUAAAAAACUGUCUGAAUAUUGAGUUGAAGUUGGCUCUAGGAUUUCUGCCUGCAAAUGCUUCUCUGUCUAUUAAAUGUUCCACUAUUCUCAAGGACAACAUGAGCGUGGGCUUCUACCAGGGCUUUAUGACACACCAGCUUGAGGUCCUGGGUGGCGAAAGGUAUAUCCCAGACAUCACCUUGCAUGAAAAUCCAGCUGAGGCAUAUACAAGCUGGAUAAACAGCUUGCAUGAAAAUCCAGAUGUUAUUACAUACUCCAUUUUCCCUCUUCAUCAUCUGAUAAGUGACCCAGAGCUUAAAGCAAGUGUGAGAAGUGCAGUUACAGAGUACAUAAAGGAGAACAUGCUCCCUUUAGAGCAGAUGCACAACCAGGCAUGUGCACCAAAGCCAAACCUGGACCACAACUGCUGUCCUCUUCGAGCAGGCCGUGGCACCUUGAUUGUAGUAAUACAGAAGGCUUCAAAUCUGAAAGCAGACCUCUUCACUAAAACAGAUGGCUACGUCAAAGUAUGGUACAAUGACAUGUAUGAAGAGACAGAAGUAAUAAUGGACAAUAACAACCCAGAAUGGAACACAAGCUAUAACUUUGGUUCAAUAGAAUUCGGCCACGAGUUGGUGUUUGAGGUAUGGGACAGCGAUGUCAUGUACAAUGACAUGGUGGGAAAGUGUGUGGUCUACCCUGAACGAGGCACUCACUCUCACAGCUGUAAAUUAAAGAAAGGAAUAUUUUACUUUACUUACAGUGCACAAUGUGAUGCUCAUCUGACUGGCCAUAGGUGUGGACGAUACUCACCAAAAGCCUGA